AUGACGAAGUAUUCCCUGACUCUGGCCGCCCUCGGCCUGGCCGGCUUCUCUGCGGCUUCUAUUUGCAAUAACAACUGCGGCCGCCAGGUCAUCGGUACCGCCGUCGUCCCCGGCAAGCUGCCCGUCGAGAGUCGCCAAGCCAUGUGCUCGUCCUUCCUUGCCACCACGACCACUGUCACUCCUGGUGUUGUCACCCAGACCCCGGCCGUCGUCUACAACAGAGCCGCUGCCUCGCCGACCGUGACAGGCGAUGUCCCAGCCUACGCGACCAACUGUGCAAACAACGUCGACUACUGGUCCGCCUGCCAGUGCUUCGGUAUCACCCCGACGACCGUCACCGUCACCGCCGCCACGCCCACGACUACCCUCGCCGUGCCCACCUGCACCCAGGGCGUCGAGUACGCCCUCUGGGUCUUCCAGCAGUACUCGGCCGAGGGCGCCAGCCUGCAGAACGCCUACUACAACUUCGCCCUGCUCGACCGCAACGCCAUCCUCGCCGGCAAGACCCCGCUCGCCAGCGGCGUGGUCGCCCAGGUCGGCGCCUACGAGCAGGGCGACUACUCCAAGCCCUUCAAGUUCGACGGCAUCUCGGCCCCGGACGGCACCGCCAUGCCCUACAACGUCAUCGAGCACCGCGGCUACGUCGUGCCCGCCGCGGCCGGCAGCUACGAGGUCCACUUCAGCCUCGUCGACGAUCUCGCUGCCGUCUGGAUCGGCGAGCACGCCAAGAGCGGCAUCACCGUCGACCAGUCCGUCCUCAAGGCGCCUCUGGGCACGUACAACAACCCUCUUGUCUACAGUUUUACUGUUGCUGCUGCCGAUGUGGGCAAGCCGAUCCCCAUUCGUGUCUUCUGGGGCAACGCGGGCGGUCCUGGCGGCCACCUCUGGAGCAUUGUGGACCCUACCGGCGCCGAGAUCCUCGGCCUGAACAGCCAGAAGAACUCCCAGAUUGUUGCCAGCUGCUCCGGCCCCGGCACGGAUGUUCCCGAGUGGCCUGCCUGGGGUACUGAGUCUUAG